AGGAGACAGCCUGGAGACCACCAGUGAGGAAGAUGAGGAUGAGGAGGGUUCUGGCUCUGCUCUCUGUGGUGGUCUCCCUGUGUGGAGGUCAGAAGUGGGGGCAGGAGACGUCUCUCGGGGAUAAAGGCAAAACACAAUGCAACACCUGCUCCAACCUGACCCAAGUCCUGGACAACUGGAAGUAUGCCAUCAUGACCCAGGUGAAGGACCUACUUGUCAACGACCACACUUCGGUCCUACCAGAAUAUUCCAGGAUCCAGCCCCUGUCUGAGGCUAUGGGGGACCUCUACAAGCAGUUCAACGCUCUGAAGGAAGAGCUGGGGAGACUCACCUCCAAGUUUGACAGGGUGGAGGUGUUCGUGGAUGACCUGCAGGCUGGCAAACUGCCCCCUCCCCCUGUGUGGACCGCCCCUCAUCGCCCCGUACAGAGGCUUCCCGUCAGGCUGCCCAUGAGGGCACCCCUGGGGGUCCAGAUGAGGGCACCGCUGGGGGCCCAGAUGAGGGCACCGCUGGGGGCCCAGUUGAAGGCACCACUGAGGGGCCAGAUGAGGGCCCCAGUCAGGACCGAUUCCACAGCGUUGAGGCCCAUAGGAACAAGAAGAAGGAGAGGACCCAGACCGGGGUCCCAGGAUGUGUAAGCCAGUCUCUUACAGAUGCCAAGUGCUGUUGUAUAAAUACAUUAUCGGAUGAGAAUAAGAACCGUUGUUUCAUGACGUACACAAGUUAUUCCUACGAUAUGAACCAGCUCAUGGACCAUGCAUACGAGGACCUUUAGCCUGAAAUAUUGUGAUAACUGUGGACAUACUUAGGACAGGAUUUCGUGUAAUCAGUUAACAUGCGUCGUUUAGUUUUAUCAUUAAAUCUGCAAGUCUGUCUUUUUUGACCUGCUGUGAUGCAUAUCAGCCACAAGGGGGCAGCAUAUUCCCAUGUAUCUGCCUGCUAAACUAAACUACUGUAUGUGCAAAAACAUGCGUUCACAGUUUUGUAAUACAAAGGAACAGUUUAACUUUAUAAAUGGUUUUAAAUGUUAAACGUU